AUGGGGAUGAGCACUCUGUUUCCGUGCAUCCAUGCUGCCGCUGCGCUGCUUUACCCCUACAGCUGGGCAUACACCUACAUUCCUGUCAUCCCAGAGAGUCUUCUGGCCUCUGUCUGCUGCCCCACCCCCUUCAUGGUUGGAGUCCAAAUGUGCUUUUGGCAGGAGUUGGACAGCCCCAUGGAAGAGGUAUGCUGCAGCAAGAAGAUGCUGCUGGUGGAUCUUUGUGAAGGAGUCUUCUUAUUGUAAGUUGGUGAUGAAAAAGACAUCCUACUGCGGAAGCUUCAGGAUGACAUCUUAGCCUCCCUUGGUCAGGGGAUCACUGAGUUAAAGAUUUCAGAACAAAUCAAUGAACAUGUUUCGAGCCCUUUUGUGCAGUUCUUUGUCAAAACUGUCCGUCACUAUGCUUCCUACAUCAAGCAGGAGGCCAAUGGGCAAGGCCACUUCCAAGAACGGGCCUUCUAUAAGGCUCUGACUUCCAAGACAAACCGGCGAUUUGUGAAGAAAUUUGUGAAGACUCAGCUCUUCUCUCUUUUCAUUCAGGAAGCUGAGAAGAGCAGGCAUCCUCCUGCAGGUUAUUUCCAACAGAAAAUACUUGAAUAUGAAGAACAAAAGAAACAGAAGAAAUCCAGGGAAAAGAUGUGAAAUAACAGCUGUGGUGAGCAAGAGACACUAGACCUGCAGGCUCAUUCUGCACUUAGGUCCUGCCAGUGUGGUAGGAAUGUUGGAGCUCUCAGCCCCAAGAACCCACAGCCUCCUUCCGAGUCCUGGUGACUAGUUCUUGCUGUAAACUGGUGUGUAGAGUUUGGGAUCUCUGUUGUCUGCUUUGGAAGGACUUUGAAGGCCUGACCUCAAGUUCACAGAACUGGCCUAAAGCUGCUUUUAAAAGUUUUUGCAGAGGUGACAGUGAUAAACAGUAAUUACAGGUGUUGUAGGUGCUUGGUUAGAAGCUGCUACAACUGCCAUCUCCUAGGAACCACUAUUAAAAAAUUCUCAACAGAGAAAGCUGUUGGGACCCAAGGCUUAAGUCUAUAGACAUUCAAGAUGACUAAUAAAGAUGAAAAU